UCAGUGCUUGUCUCGAUCGAAAAGUGUAAUUAUUUUCGGUGCAAAUUAAUCUGUCCGCGAGUGUAAAGUUCGGUAACGUGCUGCCGGCUGCUGGUCAAUACCAAAAUUCGCACGCAACGCCGGUUCGGUUGUCUCCACAUCUGGCAGAUAAGUCUGGCAUUGCAGCGGCGCUCGCCUCAGCUCGUUUGUCCGCCCGCGGCCCGCCGUCAGCCGAGUGUGGUGUGUGCAUGGCGUGUGCCGUGUCCGUGUCGUCGCCGUCGUGAGGUGACCGUGUCUCCUCGCCAGCGUUCCCGUGCGCCCGCCGCCGUCGUCGCCGCGCCGCUCGCUCUCACUGAGAACUCGGCCGAGCCGACCGUAAAAGCACCCGAAAAAAAUCCGCUCGCGAUGGGCAUCCAGUUCUCGACGUACAGCUAGCUGAUCGACGGCUGGCUGCAAUCGCGAAGGCGCCGCCACAAACCACGCUCAUUGCGAAUUAUUCGCAAUUCGCACCGAGCGCGCUCCCGAUAUCCGCUAAUAUUCGCGAGCGAGGUGUGCGCGCGUGGUGCGAUCAUUGUGUAAGUUUGAUCUCGCGUUAUAUCGGCAAAUUCGUGCGGCGUGCAGUAGUGUCGGCGCGGCCACAUUGUCGCUCGCCCGUCCGGAUCUCGCAUAUGUAAGCUGCAAAAACAUGUUUUUACGCGCCUGGGAUUUUAUGCAAAAUGGAUGUGCAGGCGACGUCGUCGCUACGGCCGCCGGUCUGUAAGAAGAGAGUGUCGACUUAUCGCGCGGCAAUGGCUGUUGCUCGCUGAGGACGCAGGAGGAAAAGCGGAAGCGGCAAAGGACGACUUCAGUUCUCGGAUAAACCCAUUUCACCGGCAUCCAUCGUUGUUUGUUUUUGCCACCGCACUUUUGUAAUUUUUUUAUCUAUUCGUAACGUGGACUGCUAGUCGGCUAAUUAGCUAGCGUGUCGAACAGUUUCGCGGCCGGUAUCGCCCAACAAAAACACACUAGACGCACAUCUCAAAAUGGUCAAAGAGAAGCCGAAUUCCAUACGCAUUUACGACGACGAGGGAUUUCGCCGGCGAGCCGCCUGCAUUUGCGUGCGCUCGGAUGCCGAAACCGAGGUACUCCUGGUAACAUCCUCCCGGAGGCCUGAGAAAUGGAUCGUUCCUGGUGGUGGCGUCGAACCGGAAGAAGAGCCUAGUGUGACAGCCACCCGCGAAGUUUUGGAAGAAGCUGGAGUCGUUGGGAAAUUGGGUCGGAGUCUUGGUAUCUUCGAAAAUCGUGAGCACAAACACCGAACCGAAGUAUACGUGAUGACCGUAACGGAAGAGCUGGAUGAAUGGGAGGACUCGCGCGCAAUCGGCAGGAAACGACAGUGGUUUACCAUCGACGAGGCCUUGGAACAAUUGGCGCUGCACAAGCCGGUGCAGCGCCACUACCUGCAGCAGCUGAAGCGUUCGCGGCUCACUUGACUUGACUCACGCUCAUUUCUUAUGCUUUUUAACUAAUCACACACACACACACGACACAAACACACAAUUGAGGAAAGAGAAAAUCAUCAAACGAAAAACGCUGUCUACGGUCUUAUCUUUGGACUCUCAUCAUUUUUUCGACGAAAAAAAAACGCUUCUGUUAUGGUUCAAUGGGUUGUACAUCUCUACAUCUAUUUACAUUGUAUAUGUUAUAUAAUGAUGAUAUAUUAUGAUGAAUUAUGAUGAAAUUUUGUAUGCGACAUUAAUGUGAGAUAACUAUAUUAAUUAAAUUUGUAGUUUAUA